AUAUUGGAAGCAUGUCGUGCUCCUCGUUCAAGCAUGCUCCACUGACUCCUUUCGAUCCACACUCUCUGAGCCGCCACAAUGUUCAAGCUCCGCUUCUUCCUCCUUGUCGCCUUGGCCGUCGCCCUUCCACAAGACCUUCCAGGUCAAGGCGUGAAUUGCAUGCCUGGCACUGCAUCUACUUCACUCGAAGAGUGCCGGUCGCAUUUUGAAUACGCUUGUUGUGCUGGAAGAAUCUGCUAUCAAAGUUCUCCGGGCGUCUAUGAAGUCUGUGUCAAUAAAGGCGGAUCUUGAGGUACUACAGAUCACGGAUGAAGAAGGGAGUUCACAGUGAUUGAGCACUGAUUUGCAUUAAAGUCCGAAGACGCCGGGGGACAAACUCGUUGGAAAGUUGGCGAUGAAACCGGUGUUG